CUUUCCUUGUCCAGUAUCUGCUGCAUACCUGCAUAUCAUUUAUAUAAAUUACUUCCUUACUACAGCUACUUCCUGUUUUAUCUGAUGAUCCAUUUAGCAUUUCAAGAAAGUUAUAGUUUUUUUAAGCACUAGACUGGCUACUUUCGUGGAUAGUGGCUCUGUGGCAGGUUGUCACACGUUCGUGUCUGAGGUGCGGUCGUUGGAGGAGAAACAGAGUGAAACUUGAAGCGUGCACACUUGACAGGGCAAGCAUCAACUCGACAGUGGGGCGGAAAGAGAAUGCUUUCCUUGUAGGGAGGCGUUCUAAUUGGCGGGUCACGCUGUCACUCAUCUUGCGGCAAAGGGACCCAGCGCAAGCUUCAAUUAGAGCGUUUUUCAGGUUGAUCAUAGCGUGGCAAUAAGACGCAUUGUUGACCGUAUUUGAAAGAUCGGUACAUCGAUAAUGGCCACAGAAAGGAAGAUUUUCGCCUUGUCCAUUCUAUGUAUUGUGGUGCAGGCUGCUGUUUGUCUGCAGGUGAACAUCCCCCAGAAGACCUAUGAGUACGCCCGGGGAGACAACAUCACGAUACCCUGCAAAUUCACGCCUAAGAACCCUACCAACGGGCUGGUCGUCAUCACCUGGACAGCCAAGUCCAUCACCCCCGACCAACCUGACGAAAUAGUGCUGACCUCCUACUCCACCGUCCCCGGGGUGGAUGUGACGGACACAUACGAGGGGCGGGCCAUCCUAGAAGAGGACAUCCCCGCAGGGAAGGCCAACCUGCGCCUCUUAUCCAUCGGCCUGCAGGACAACAUGGAUUUCGAGUGCCAUAUCCUCAUCCCUGGAGAUGACAAGGGGGUUCUUGCUGCCACUACCAGGCUCAUAGUGCUGGUGGCGCCGUCCCCACCGCUGUGUAAGGUCCAGGGUUUGGCAGAGUACGGCCAAAACAUCAACCUGACGUGUGUGUCUGCGGAGGGCUCCCCAACCCCCACCUACAGCUGGCAGAGAAGGGACGUCACAAACGCACCCCGUCCCCAAGACGGCCGCACCACCGACAAAAAUGGUCUCCUGUCUCUCUUCAACGUAUCCACCGAAACGUCAGGCUACUACAUCUGCACCUCGACCAAUAAGAUCCGCUCAGCCACAUGCAACGUCACCCUGAGUGUCAUGCCACCCUCCAUGAAUCUGGGCUACACCGCCGGCAUCGCCGGGGGAGUGGUGGCUGCCAUCCUCCUCCUGAUCCUCAUCAUCUGCUGCUGCCGCCGUAGAAGGAACAAGAACAAGGGCCAGGAGGACUACGAGAUGGGGGCUCCGGACGACGAGUUCAGCGAUAAGGAGCCCCAGGAAGGGAGAGGGGAGGAGGUUCGGUCCGUGGAGCCCCCCAGGAACGCGGAGCGCCGCAAUGAGCGCGACUACGACGACCGCCGCAGCGACUACGACGACCGCCGAAGUGAUGUCGACGAUCGCCGUAGCGACUACACAGAUCGCCGUAGCGACUACACGGAUCGCCGGAGUGACUACGACGCCCGGGACAAUAACGCCGACCGCCGCGAUCGCUAUGACGAUCGUCGCGACCGUGACUACAAGGACGACCGCUACGAUGGGCCAUAUGAUGACAGACCUCCCAGGGUGCCAGCCAAUAAGCCAGUCAGGAAAGACUAUGACGAUUAGACCACCUGACCCCUGACCCCUAACACUUGACCCAAGUCAAGUCUGGGGAAGUCUGAGGGCUGGAUGAUGAUGAUAGUGACGAUGAUGGCGAUGUGUGCGAGCAAGACUUCUAGGAUGUGUUGUUACUCAUACUCAGGUGAUAAUCUCAGGAGACAUUGAUUUUUCUGCCCUGUGUUUGGUUGUAUGACAGGGUGCAUAUAAGAGUGUGUAUAUACAGGUGAUGGGGUCCACAGCUUAGCAAACCCCCCUGGUAUGGGGAGGUUUAAAUUCAGAACAUCUUUUUUUUUAUAUACUUUUAUAUAAAACUAAAAAUACUUUUAAGUUUUUAUCCAUUCAUGAAGCCCACAAGCACCCGUUUCUCUUUCAGCUGAAUUGUGAACAUGUCUUUACAUGAAGCAGAUGGUGAGAUUACAGGACUAUUUAAAUAAGGAGCAGAAUGCCAGCCAUAUUUGUGAUAUUUGUCAGCCAUUUUGUAACAACGACGCAUUCCAGCACAUUGUUGCCUAAAGGCAGCAGGCAUACUGGGUUCACUGUGUGGUGUGAGAAUGACAGAUCCUCUUUGCUCUCUGACAGGGAAAGAAAGUAGAGGCAUCAUGUUGACCUGGCCAGGUCUCUACAUCACUUCCUGUGAUGGACAGGUUAAUAAAAUGUCCGUCUAGAUUGCAGGCUCCUUCUGGUACAUGUCAGUGAAGGGUUUUAUCUGACCAAACGUCACCAAAUUAGAUUUUCUUUAAUGAAUUUCAAGUUCAGAAAUACUGUUUGAAGUCUUGACAUGCAGAAGAAUAAUGUAGACAGAUAAUAUUUUACACUUAAGAUGUUUGCUGAACAUUUGAAACAGUUCUAUUUGGGGUCAAAAUGUAAUAAAUUUGAAUUGUAUUA